CUGCCCACAUUUCCACAGCAGAUUAUGGUCAGAGUCAGAAAUCAUCCAAUCAGGAAAUGAUCCUCCUUUAAAAGCCUGAUCCCUGGACAGUAGGGGCUCAUUCGUGGUGGAGACAUCAUGGGACUCUUGACAUAUGUUGCUGUUGCUGUGGGAGCAGGAGGAGCAGUGAUUUCUGCUCCUGUAGUGCUGGGGGCUAUUGGUUUCACCUCAGCUGGGAUAGCGGCUGGCUCCUAUGCUGCUGGCAUGAUGUCAACUGCAGCCAUCGCUAAUGGUGGAGGGGUGGCAGCAGGAAGUCUGGUGGCUGUUCUGCAAUCAGCAGGUAUGGCUGGUCUGUCGACUGCUGCUACUACAGCCUUGGCCAGUGCUGGAGGAACAGCAGGAUUCCUGGCUACUCUCAUCUGAGACCAGCACAUGAAGACCGAGACCAAGUUCAUGAAGGAUUAACACAAUCCGGUGAAUAAAGUGAAAGCAGACUUCACUGAAAUGUGAGGACAAGCAUCACUGCAAAAUAAAGAAUAUUAAAUAAUGGU